UCAUCACCAUUCCAAUUUCAUCAACCUAUACCUUCCUCAGAGUUUCACCCACCAGCUACAAUGAAGUCCCUAUUCUUUUCCAUGCUUUUUCUUCUCUCAUUCCUCUUCUUCCUUGCCAACAAUGGUGAGGCAGCUGUUCCAUGUACCACCGUGGAUGCCAAUGCAGCUGCAUGCCUGGGAUUUGCGACAGGCAUGGCUGCCAAACCCUCUGAUGCAUGCUGCAAUGGACUUCGGCAGCUUGCUCAGACCGUCAAGUCCGUGGACGAUAAAAAGGCCAUUUGCCGAUGCUUGAAGGUCGGCGCUAAGUCUCUUGGAAUUCAGGAUAGGUUCUUGUCCAUGAUCCCUCAAGCCUGCAACAUCAAAGUUGACUUCCCUGUCUCCGUCAACACCAAUUGCGAGACGAUCCACUAAAUUACGGUGGAGAUGGAACAUGCAAUGAUCGUUGAAGAUGCCCAGUAGGUAGAUAUAGAGUUUAGUGUUGCCUGAAAUAAAACUGGUUAAGAGUGUUGGUCCUUUUGUAGACCGGAGCUUUGGCUUAACCAAAUAUCGAUAAUGUUGGAUUCAUGUAUUCACAAGUAGUUUAAUCAAUUAAUGGAAUUGCGUUGAGUUGUUCUAA